CAGACGACUCGUGUGGGUGCAUGCCUUUAUGAGCAUACAUGGCUGAUGCUUGUGCUCUACAAUAGACCGAGAUGACCUGAUGUUAUACUGUAGGUUGUAUCUAAUCUGGGAGUGGAGGAGGAAGUUGACCUACUGGACUGUAGUGGACUAACCCACAUUGCGCAAUGACAACAAACAUUGGUUAUGGCCCCAGUAACAGCUGCUGUAAAAGUUAUUGACAAUGGAGCACCACUAUUGUCUCUGGAUUACUUGCAAGGUGAGAGUCAAACGACUUUGAGUUUUGACUUUUCUUGGUAGAAAUCGCACAUUACCUUCCAUUAGCUUGAGGAUUAAGGCGGCUACAGCCUCACAGACACAGCCUAUCGGAUUUCUCAAAGACAUUAAUGUUCUACUUGAGAUAAUCAUCUGGUUACUCAAUCAGAAAAAAAACGGCGUAUGACAAUGUGCUCGGUAAUAAGCAGAGUGAAACCAGUCCAACGAGCUCUGGCUCUCACGCUCCGCUUCAGAGCAACCACCGAGGGUUCGAGUUACGCACUGGCCGAGAGCAGGCGCUUCUGUCCCGGCGUAAGUGCUGUCAUUGACCCGCUAAGAGCUACCAGCCGAUCAUACUGCUCCAGGAUGGCGCUGACUGAAGGACUGCUGUUCAGACAAUUGUUUGAAUCCGAGAGCAGCACUUACACAUACUUGCUGGCAGACACAGAGACCAAGGAGGCGAUCGUCAUCGAUCCUGUACUGGAGACUAUCGACAGGGACCUGAAACUCAUACAUGAACUGGGACUCAAUCUAAAAGUGGCAGUAAAUACCCACUGCCAUGCGGACCACAUCACAAGCACUGGGCUGAUGAAGGAAAGAUUGGUUGGGCUGAAGAGUGCAAUCUCCAAAUACAGUGGUGCCUCUGCAGACAUCUUCCUGUCAGAAGGAGACAAAAUCUCCUUUGGAAAACAUCAUCUGACAGUAAGAGACACACCAGGACACACUGAUGGUUGCAUGUCGCUGGUGUCUGGCGAUCAGAGCAUGGCUUUUACUGGAGACGCACUGCUCAUCAGAGGCUGUGGCAGGACUGACUUCCAGCAAGGCUGUGCGAGGAAGCUCUAUGAAUCAGUCCAUCAGAAGAUCUUCACUCUGCCAGACCAGUGCCUCGUCUACCCAGCACAUGACUACUUAGGUCAGACGGUGUCUACGGUCGGUGAGGAGCGCAGGUUUAACCCGCGCUUGACCAAGACAGAGGAAGAGUUUGUGAACAUCAUGAACAACCUGAAUCUCCCCAAGCCGAGUAAAAUAGAUAUUUCAGUGCCUGCGAAUCUGGUUUGUGGAGUACAGGAAGUCUGAAUGUCCUGCAAAAGGGAGGAACUACUUUAACCAAGGAAUUACUACCACAACUAUCAUACAAUCAUAAAAUCCGAAUCAGCUUGGCUUGCAUUUUUACUGUAUAGCAAAAUGAUUAACAUUUACAUUUUUGAAUCUAAACAGAUCUGUUAAUCAAUAAUUGUUUGCCAUAAAGUGCUUUAUUGUGUGUAUUUAUUUAAAUCUAAAGAUGUACAUUUGAAAAGUUUUAGCCAUUCGGAUUCUGUCAUUUCUAUGACAAUGCUUAAAAUAAAAAUGCGAUAAGGUCCAUUUUAACCAACAAAAAUGGGGGCUCAAGAUAUUUUAUGAGGAGAAAACUACUAUAAAAAUGAUUUUUCUGUAUUUUUUUUCCCCAGCUAUGUAACGUACCCUAUUCUGCUGUGCUAUUAUGAAUCAGGGAGGAAAUCGUACAGAUGGAAAGCUUCGAUAGGAAAGUUCCAUUCAAGGUUGGGUUUAGUAUUCAUGAGUGCUUAACUGGGACAAUUGAGUUCUUCCACAUGGCCUUUCCAGUGAUUCCGGACUCCUUAAGCCGAGGACGUACGCACACACACACACACACACACACACACACACACACACACACACACACACACACACACACACACACACACACACACACACACACACACGCACGCAUCCACACCUGUACGCACAAAACUCCCACUGCUGCCAGCCACAGCCUUUUUGCAUAGCAGGAAAUUGAAACUAUCUGCAUUCAGAUAUCUUCAGAGGCCAAAGUUUCCAUUGUCAACAUGUCAUUGCCAUGUGUCUAAGCUCGGUUCCUUACAUGUGUAACUUUAUCUCAGUAUGAUAUGAAGUAGAGCAUCCAUGCCAAGUACAGACAGUGAAGUCUGUGUCUUUGUUUCCGGAUGUUCUCUACAUGCUGCUCUUAGUCUGCACAUAACCACUCAUCAGCCAGUCAGGCAGGUUUGUUUGGGAGUGUCGGCCUCUGACUCAGCAACAUGCCUCUUCCAGAGAAAGUUGUGAAAUUGUGCUGUAUGAAAGUGUUGGACUGAUCAUGAGCUUUUAACGACCAGCAUAUAUUAUAUAUAUUCACCAAUAUUCUAUUGAGCUGUUUCCAAAUGUAAAAAUGUAUCCUGCCUUGAUUUGAAAUGUGCCAAACCGAUUGUACAAAGUUCAAUUCACUUUCUGGGUGAAUGACUCCCAUAUUACCAACCCUCAUUAAUUACAGUUAGUUUGUAAUGUGACAUUUAAUAACAGAUUUUAGAGGAGUAAUCACUAACCUCAUAUUACAUACAAGUACCCCUCAAGACUAUAGAAGCAUAAUGCAAACACUUGCCCUGUUUCUCUAACUUAACAAGAUUAUUAUUUCAGAUUUAUUUCAUAUACAUUUCCAGCCUAUUUAGUUUAAACCACAUUUAUUUGAUGGUAUGAGCCAUUCAGAGAUACUCAUCUCUUAAAGUCAUAUAAGUUAUAUUCUUAUUACUUUGCACAGAAGAAUAGGGCUUUGAAUUUGAACAACUGUAUGAACCUGUUAAAAAGAGCGGAAUUCUUACAUGUUUUUCAUUUUGAAAAACAGGGCAAAUGUGUAUUUCUGUAUUGCAAUCUAAGAUAAAGAGAGGUAUAUAGAUUUGGUUUCUGCAGAGUUAAGGUAUUGGUAUCAGUAGAGGAGUUUUGCUUCGGUGCACCCUUAUUAAUAAAAGUGCAAUACUGUCCUGAU